AUGUGUGUAACCUCUGUUACCAAGGGUACCGAAGUGGAGGGAACCAGAAAGUUUAAUGAGUUAGACUUGUGGUGGCGUUAUCAACAUCUGGAAUCAUUGAAUAGAUCGUGCAUAUUUGAUUUGCAAGGCAUUAAAACAUAUUGCGGUGGUGGUCAAAAGAAAGGAAAAAGCAAAAAGUGGAAGAAUUAUUUGCAAUUCCCGCACUACACAGAAUGUUUAUACCUCAGGUCGGAGAUUGAUGUCAGCUAUAGUUAUGUGGUCGAAAAGCAGCCAAUUGGUAAAUUGCUUUUUGAGCAGUUCUGCAACACAGAUGCGCGGUAUGAAAGGGCAUGGACAUUUUUAUGUAAAGUUGAAGAAUACGAAACAUCUGAUGAUGAUGGUGAAAGUCGCCGAAUAUUGGCGAAAUCAAUUGCCUCGCUUUUAUCAGUAGAGAAUGACGCACCCUGUGCAUCCAGUGAUUCAUUAUGGUGCAGCUUCUUAUCGGAGGAUUUUAUGCAGAGAUUUACUUCCACUGCCAAUGAUGCGUCGCAAGAAUCUGAACCGUCGAGUGGCAUAUUUUUCGAAGCAUACAAAAGUGUGCGGUCAUUCCUUGCUGAUCGUUCUUUCCGAAAAUUCUUGGAAACGCGUUAUUUUCACCGUUAUUUACAGUGGAAAUGGUUGGAGAAAAGGCCUGUGGAUAAGCACACAUUUCGCCUAUACCGGGUACUUGGAAAAGGAGGUUUCGGAGAAGUUUGCGCUUGUCAAGUCAGAGCUUCUGGAAAAAUGUACGCUUUGAAAAAAUUGGAAAAGAAGAGGGUGAAAAAGAGGCAUGCGGAGGCUCUCAGUCUAAAUGAAAAGCAAAUCCUGCAGAAAAUCAAUUCUCCGUUUGUG